AUGCUGCGUUCUAAAGAAAACCUGCCUUUAUUGGGAGGCGAAAGCUUAUCGUGCUACAAUUCCAAAAAAGAUAAAAAGAAGGUCUACUUAUCUUACCUCCUUAAUGUUGUUACCUUAUCCCUUCUUGCUUAUUUCUUCUUGAUCCCAUCCUCACACAACCAUGACAACAAGAACGGAGGAUCUUCUGGUGCUCCGCCACACGUUGAUCAAUCCAAGAAGAAGAAUAUCAUCAUGAUGGUCACUGACGGUAUGGGGCCUGCUUCUAUGUCAGCUGCUCGUUCCUUCCGUCAAUUCAGAGAUGGUUUGGCAAUUAAUGAUGUCCUCACCCUUGACAAGUACUUGAUUGGUUCUUCUCGUACCAGAUCCUCCAGUUCUUUGGUUACUGAUUCUGCUGCCGGGGCCACUGCCUUUUCCUGUGCUUUAAAGUCUUACAAUGGUGCUAUUGGUGUUAGACCAGAUAGCUCUCCAUGUGGUACCAUCUUGGAAGCAUUGAAGUUGCAAGGUUACUUGACUGGGUUGGUUGUUACCACUAGAAUCACCGAUGCUACCCCUGCUGCUUUCAGUUCCCAUGUCGAUUUCAGAUCUCAAGAAGAUAUGAUUGCUCAACAUCAACUUGGUGAAUACCCAUUGGGAAGAAUGGUCGAUUUAAUCUUGGGUGGUGGUAGAUGUCAUUUCUAUCCUUCAGGUGUUGCCGGUGGUUGUCGUGCUGAUAAAAGAAAUUUGAUUGAAGAAGCUCAAAGAAACGGAACUUGGAGUUAUGUUGGUGACAGGGCCAGUUUCGACCAAUUAGAUGGUGGUCACAAUGUUAGCUUGCCAUUGUUAGGUUUAUUGGCAGAUACUGAUAUUCCAUACGAUAUUGACCGUGACUCAACGGAACAUCCUUCAUUAGCCGAACAAGUUAAGGUUGCAUUGACUGCACUUUCCAAGGCUACCGAAAAUUCCGAACAAGGAUUCUUUUUGUUGAUUGAAGGUUCCAGAAUUGAUCACGCUGGACACCACAAUGAUCCGGCUGCUCAAGUUAGAGAAGUUUUAGCUUACGAUGCUGCUUUUGCAGAAGUCAUUAAAUUUAUUGACGAAUCAGAUGUUGACACUGUUGCUAUUUCUACCAGUGAUCACGAAACCGGUGGAUUGGUCACCGCCAGACAAGUUUCAGAAGAAUAUCCAGAUUAUUUAUGGUAUCCUGAAGUAUUGAACAACUCGAAGCACUCGGGUGAUUUCUUGGCCCAAAAGAUUUACAAGGCUAAAAUUUCUGACGAGAAGAAGUUGCACAAGUUUGUUACCAAGGAAAUCUUGGAAGCUGACAUGGGUAUCACCAACUACACUGAGGAUGAAGUUAAAUCCGUCGUGGAAAAUGCUUCUAAUCCAGCUAAGUUGUUGUAUGUUCUCAACAACAUCUUGUCACUUAGAGCUCAAAUUGGUUGGACUACACAUGGACAUUCUGCUGUUGAUGUCAACAUUUAUGCUUACACCAACUCUGAACGUUUGAAUGCCAAAUUACAUUCAAAGGAACCAUAUGUUGGUUUAGCUGGUAAUCAUGAAAACAUUGAAAUCGGGGCAUUUAUGGAAUCCAUCUCUACUGCUGAUUUACACAAGGUCACUGAAUUGAUCCAAGACACUGAACAUUCUCCUAAGAAGAAGGAUUCUUUGACAGCUGAUGAAUUCCACGCUAAUGCAGUUCAAUAUUAG